AUGAAGGCUACCUUUCUUCUCGCUUGCUUUGCUCAUGCUCUCCAGGCCUCUGCCUCUGGGGCCAAUCUCCCAGCAGACUACGAGCGAGCAACAACCGGCCUGGUCAAGACUCAAGAUGGAGUGCACUUGAACUACACACAGGCCGGCUCCCUCCUGGGACAGAACCUUGUCUUCAUCCCCGGAUGGCGACAGAGUGCUGCUGAGUGGAAGAAGCAGGUUGAGUAUUUCUCCAAGGCUGGCUAUCGUGUCACCGCGUACGAUAUGCGCGGCCAUGGAGAGUCUGAGAAGCCAGACUUUGGAUACCGACUGAGCCGCUUCGGCGCAGACCUCAACGACGUCUUGACUACUCUCGACCUCCACAACGUCAGUAUUAUCGCUCACUCGAUGGGCUCAUCCGUUACCUGGGCAUUCUGGGAUCAGUACCCCGACGAACGACGACGGAUCGACCACUUUGCAAUCGUCGACCAGUCCUCGGUUCUCGUCGCCGAUCCCACCUGGACCAAAGCCGAAGCCGAGACCUUUUCCGCUGCCCUAUUCACGCCCGCUGGAACGUACGAGUUUGCAAACAACAUGACAGCCGAGACGCCGCCCUUUGUUCGAAGCAUGUUCACCCCCGACGUAUCCGAAGCCGACUACCAAUGGGUUCUCUCAGAGAACAAGAAGAUUAGCGACAAGAACGCUGCCACACUCCUUAUCAACCACGCCUUUGCCGACUGGCGAGAUGUUCUUCCCCGGAUCAACAUUCCCACGCUCGUCAUCUCGGGAGAUGUCAGUGUUAACAACGCGUCUGGUAUCUCUUGGGCUGCGACGCAGAUCCCUGGGGCCAAGAGUCGGACUUUUACUGCUGAGGAGAAGGGUAGCCAUUUCAUGUUUUGGGAGAAUCCCGAGUUGUUUAACAGUGUCAUUGAGGAGUUUGUCACUUCAUAG